UGCGUUUCUCUCCUUACAUCAUAAACAGAAAAUUUGCGCGUAAUGCAAUCAACUUUACCGUAGAAUUAUCAUUCGACCUAGAUUAGUGCUAGAGAUGGCUACGUUUGGUACUUACGUACUUUAGAUAAAUGAUAAAUGUGUAUUGUUAUUAUUGUGACUUUUAGAUAUUAAAUAAUUAUAUCUGAAUAGUUUAGUUAAUGUAGGAGUAGGUACAUUUUUUAGUUACGUGUAUUACUAUGUGUGUUUUAAAUCUGAAUAGUUCGAUUAAUAUAGAAGUACAAGAUACAUUGCUCACAAGGCUAAACUAAUAUUAGUCCCAUUCCAUCAGUGCUAAGAAAGAUGAUCUCACUGAUAGUCUUGGCUGCACUAGCAGCAACGAUUGGCUAUUUAUAUAUAAAAUUUAAAUUAACAUACUGGAAAAGAAUUGGACUGGAGCAAAUCGAACCCGUACAUCUAAUCUAUGGAAACGCCAAAGAUUUCAUCACCAGAAAUUCCUCCUUUGGUGAUUGUCACACAAAACUGUACAACAACUUCAAGUCGAGAGGUCUGAAGCAUGGUGGAAUUUACGUCUUAUUAAGGCCUACGUAUAUGCCUCUGGAUCUGGAUAUCAUUAAGAAUAUUUUGCAGAAAGAUUUCAACAACUUUGUGAAUCAUGGGUUUUAUGUGAAUGAAGAAGUCGAUCCUUUGACGGGACAUCUUUUCGCUUUAGAGGACGAUAAAUGGAGGAGGUUGAGGACUAAGUUAACUCCAACGUUUACUUCUGGUAAAAUGAAAAUGAUGUUCUCUACAAUGGUUGCAUGUACCGAAGGCCUCAGGGACAUCCUCAAGAGUUACGCUAAACUACAAGAUGCAGUGGACAUGAAGGAAGUAGCGUCCAGAUUCACCACAGAUGUAAUCGGAUCCGUUGCUUUUGGUAUUGACUGCAACAGCCUUAAGAAUCCUGAUUCUGAAUUUAGACAAUUUGGAAGAAAAAUAUUCACUCAAACCACUUGGACAAGGCUAAGAAGUGUUCUAGCUACGACAAUACCAAGAAAUUUUCUAAAAAUGAUCAAAUUUAAACAGAUGAAUCCAGAGGUUGAAGAUUUCUUUAUGGGUGUCGUAAAUAGUACUGUUAAUUAUAGGGAGAAAAAUAAUCUUUAUAGAAAAGAUUUCAUGCAUUUACUGCUACAGUUAAAAAAUAGAGGAAGAGUCGCAGAUGACCAUUUGAUAUUUAACGAAGAAGAUAAAAAAGACGCUGAUGGACAUUUCCUUACUUUUAAUGAAUUAGCUGCACAAUGCUUUGUAUUUUUCAUUGCUGGUUUUGAAACAUCAGCAACUACAAUGACUUUUGCGCUUUUGGAACUAGCGUUGAAUCCAGAUAUUCAAGAAAAGUUAAGAGAAGAAAUUACUUCUGUAUUAAAAAAACACGACAAUCAAGUUACGUAUGAAGCUGUCAUGGAUAUGCAUUACUUGGAUAAAGUUAUUCACGAAACGCUACGGAAGCACCCACCAUUACCAGGUACUCCAAGAAUGUGCAACAAAGAAUACCAGGUUCCUGGCACAGAUGUCGUCUUGGAAGUUGGAACUAAAGUACAUAUACCUUUCCAAGCUAUCCACAGAGAUCCAGAAUAUUAUCCAGAUCCAGAAAAAUUUGACCCCGAACGUUUCAGCGAGGAAAAUAAAGCCAAAAGACACCCGUUUGCAUUUAUUCCCUUUGGAGAAGGGCCCAGAAUCUGUAUAGGAGCAAGAUUCGGAAUGUUACAGGCUAAAGUGGGAGUGGCUUCAGUCAUUAAAAACUUCAAUGUAACACUGAAUAAGAAGACGAAAGUCCCAAUUAAAUACACAACAAAGAGUUUCAUUACUGCUAUAGAUGGAGAUGUAUGGUUGACGAUGGAAGAAUUAUUGUAAAUUUUUAAAAAGUAGCAUAUUACACUCAGGUGCAAAAAAAUCGAUCCACUUAAAAAUUUGGUCAUUUUUGAUGUCUCGAAUUUCCUAAACCUGUUGUCCGAUUUAAGUGAUUUUUUUACCAUGUUAUAGUCUUAUUCAUUAACAAUAUCGCUGUAAUAAUAUUAUUGCUAGACAGGUAAACUGUCAUUGUAUACCGGGUGUACAAAUCAAACUGCGUUUUUUCUCAAAGUUCGCAUCACCUCGUGCACUAUUCUAGCUUUUUUAAAAUACUGAAAUUAAAACCCAACUAUAGCCUCAGGUUUUUUUAAUAUUCUGUUUUCAGAUUCAUUCGCUUAUGUUAAAUAAUAAAAAAGUCAGGUACUUUAACAACUGGCCAUGUUCGUCAUCAGUACAGGGUGUGUCUAAAUAAGUGCGAGAAACUUUAAGGGAUAAUUCUACGUGAGAAAAUAAUGACAGUUUGCUUUAUAGUCAUAUGUCUGCAAACGCUUCGUUUCCGAUAUACGGGAUGUCCAAUUUCUUUUACAAAUUGAUGAUUUAUUUAUUGCUUUAAAACCAUUUAAGAUAUGCAAAUCAAAUUUGGUGGGUUUUAAAACGUAGUUAUUGCACAUUUUUGACAUACAAUUAAGAAUUUUAUAUUCACCAUUAGAUACGCUGACACGACAAUAUUAGAUACGCUGACGAUACAGCCAUUCUUGCUGAAAAUUUACAAGAUCUUCAGACACUACUAAAUCUAGUCAGUGAAGCAAGCUAUCGGAGAGGCCUUAAAAUCAACAUUUCAAAAACAAAGUGGAUGGCAGUUGGAAAGAUUAAUAUAGAUCAAGGUCAGCUUUCUCUUGAUGGAGAGGAGUUAGAACGGGUAAAUCAUUUCAAGUACCUUGGCAGCUGGUUAAAUGUAAAUUGUGACUCUGAUGAAGAGAUAAUAACUAGGAUCGAAAUAUCACGGAAGGCUUUUAUGACCUGGAAACCAGUUUUAUGUAAUAGAAACCUGUCAAUGAAUAUUCGAAAGAAGGUGCUGAAAUGUUAUGUGUGGUCUAUCCUAUUGUAUGGUUGUGAGACAUGGACGUUAAAAACCACAAUGCUAAACAAAAUAGAAGCAUUCGAAUUGUGGUGUUAUCGACGAAUCCUAAAGAUAUCGUGGGUUUCGCACACUUCCAAUGAAGAUGUUCUUCAAAUGAUGAAUUCGGAACGUCUGCUCAUAAGCAUCAUAAAGAGGAGAAAAACAGAAUACUUCGGCCAUAUAAUUAGAGGACCUAAAUACCAUCUGCUUCGCCUUAUAAUACAAGGAAAAGUGGAGGGAAAGAGAUGGAUUGGUCGAAAGAAGCUUUCAUGGCUGCGUAAUAUUAGACAAUGGUGUGGCUGCACAGUAGAAGAAUUAUUUCGCGCAGCAGCCGAUAGAGAGAGAUUUCAGGAAAUUGUAAACAUGAUGACGGCCAAAGUCUGAAUACAGACACGGCACCUAAAGAAGAAGAAAGAAGAAGAUAUUCACCAUUGGCGUGCAUACGGGUAAUAUUAACUGUCAUAAUACCCGUUUGCGCGCCAAUGUUAAGAAAGCCGGAGUCUAUAGUUGGGUUUUACUUUCAGUGUUUUAUAAAUGCUAGAAUAGUCCACAGGGUGAUGCGAACUUUGAGAAAAAAACACAGUUUGAUUCGUACACCCGGUAUAGAAUGACAGUUUAACUGUUUAGCAACAGUUAAACUUUAAACAGGUUUAGGAAAAAAAUGACCAAAUUUUUAAGAGGUUCGAUUUUUUGCAUCUCAAUGUAUUAUAAUAUUAUGGAUAUUAUUGCUAGUUGUUUUUACACUGUUUAUAUCUAAAUAUUUUUCAUUUUGUAUUGAAUCAAAAAAUAAAGUAAAUUUAUGUUUAUAAAA